UACUAUACAGAGUAAAACAUUAAACCAUCAAAACCCUAUAUUCCGACACAAGAAUUACAACCCAAUAAGAAAAUUGUUUACAGAAAAAGUCGUUGUUGUUCGAUUCCAUUUACAGCUUUUUGCCUUUCGUAAUCAAUGAAAUGGAACAGCUCGGCACAUUCAUUUGAAAAUUAGAAGCCCCCACAUUACUUUCCCCCAUAAUAAUCUAUUAUAGCAUUUACACCCGUCUUGCGAUCCCAACAAAUUCCCUUUUUGUUGUUACUAUUGGGGCUGCGUCUGAUCGUUGUCAUUGUCUCAUUGGUGUUUCCUGGAUUUGGGUUUGUCUUGUUAUCUCAUAAAGAUUGAGUCUUUCUUGGUUUUGUUGGGUUUCUUGGGUUGCAUUACAGGUGUUUGAUGUAAUGCCUCUGAGAGUUGUGUUGAUGAUGCAAGGUGAGAUUGAUCUGGGGUGAUGGGUUUAGUGUUUUGUAUGUGAAUUUGGAACUAUUAGGAACUAGAUAGUGAUAAUGAGCAAAGAUUUGGCUGGUAUUUUGAAGUCAUGGGAAGUGAAAGUUAAGAAAUCACAAGCUUCUGCUAAGAAAAGAGCGGUCGGCAUGUUCACAACAAUGUCGGUAGCUCAUGUAGAUGAAGAGAGUUGUGAGACUGAAGCUGCAGCUGAACUUGUUCAUGUGGAAAAGAUUUUUUCCAAUGGGGAUAUUUAUAUGGGUCAGUGGGUAGCGGAAAACUGCCCGCACGGGUCCGGAAAGUACUUGUGGGCGGAUGGGUGUAUGUAUUUCGGUGAGUGGUGGAAAGGGAGGAUGAACGGUAGAGGGAAGUUUAGCUGGCCCUCGGGUGCUACGUACGAGGGUCGGUUCAAGAACUGUUAUAUGGACGGUGAGGGGACGUUUACGGGAUCUUUGAAUCAUACUUAUAAAGGUUGUUGGGUUAUGAAUAAGAAGCAUGGGAAAGGGAGUAUGAGUUAUGCAAACGGUGAUCAUUACGAAGGUGAUUGGAGGAAGGGGUUGUAUGACGGUGAAGGGUCGUAUAACUGGAAUAGUGGUAAUCGGUAUACAGGGCAGUGGAAGAAAGGAAAGAUGAGUGGGAAUGGAAUCAUGGUUUGGGCUAACGGGAAUCGGUUUGAUGGGAGUUGGGAAUGCGGAUUCCCGAAAGGGAACGGUGCGUUUACGUUUGAAGGUGGGAGUUACUAUUUGGGUGUUUGGGGUAAGGAUCAGAAAGAACAACACGUAAAGUUUUAUCCAUCGAGUUCAACGGUUAAUCAUGAUGAUUGGGAUCCUAAUCAGCUGUUCUCAUUUGAGAUGAGUGAAUGCUUUGUUUAUGCGGCGGAAUCCGUUUCGGUAUUCCCUUCAGAUAAGGUGUUUAGUUGGUCUAAUAGUGACGGAAAGCAUCAAAAACAACCCGUGAGGAUGAAUCCUAAAAUCGAGAACAACGGUCGGAGACAGUCUAUUGAUGCUUUCGGCUCAUAUGAGCUCGAGAAAACACAGAAGCAAGGGGUCACGAUUUGCAAAGGGCAUAAGAAUUAUGAGCUCAUGCUUAAUCUACAGCUUGGGAUAAGGCAUUCUGUAGGGAGGCCAAGUUCACCUAAACCGCUUGAUUUGAAGCCUACGGUUUUUGAUACCAAGGAAAAAUUAUGGACCAGAUUUCCUCCGGAAGGAUCGAAACAUACUCCACCUCAUCAGUCGUGUGAUUUUAAAUUUAAAGACUAUUGUCCAUCGGUUUUCAGGACACUUAGGAAUUUGUUUAACGUGGAUCCAGUGGAUUACAUGUUGUCAAUUUGCGGGAAUGAGGCUCUUCGGGAGCUCUCGUCUCCUGGAAAAAGCGGAUGUUUCUUUUACAUGACAUCCGACAACAAGUAUAUGAUAAAGACAAUGAAAAAGGCAGAAGUUAAAGUACUAAGGAGGAUGCUUCCAGCGUACUUUCAGCAUAUGAAAUCCUACGAAAACACACUCGUCACCAAAUUUUUUGGAUUACAUUGUGUGAAGUUGAGCGGAUCUUCACAACGGAAGGUGCGGUUUGUCGUUAUGGGAAAUUUGUUUUGUACCGAUGUACCGAUUAACAGACGGUUCGACUUAAAAGGAUCUUCCCAUGGUCGAAUAACGGAUAAACCCGAGUCUGAAAUUGAUGCAAAUACCACCCUCAAAGAUCUUGACCUCAAUUAUAUUUUCCGAUUGCAGAAAGAUCAGUUUCAAGAGUUCUAUAGGCAGGUCAAUACGGACUGUAAAUUUCUUGAACAGGAAAGAAUUAUGGAUUACAGUCUUUUAGUUGGUAUUAGUGUUCAAGCAUGCAAUCAGGACUUAUCGGCAGAUGAAGGGAACAUUGAACUGGAUAGCAGUGGGUCAAGCCCUAGGGUUUCUUCGGCAGAUACAGAUGCCUCUCUUGACCCUACACGGUGGGCUUCCAUUAGGCUUGGCGUUAACAUGCCAGCUCGGGUCGAACUCACGGUUAGAAGUCACGAGAAUCAGUUAGUUGGUGAACCAACACAAGAGUUCUACAAUGUCAUCCUCUUCUUUGGUAUAAUCGACAUAUUGCAAGAUUAUGACAUCAGCAAAAAGCUUGAACAUGCCUAUAAGGCAUUCCAAUACAACCCGACUUCCAUUUCGGCUGUGGACCCCAUACAGUACUCGAAACGCUUCCGAGAUUUCAUAUUUAGUGUUUUUAAAGAAGACGGUUAAAAGUUACAGGAUUGGGCUCAAGUUUUUCUAGUGAGCCUAUAAAUUGUACAGCCCUUGUGAAGAGGGAUUCAAUGGUUGACAAUGCUUACCCAAGUUCCGGUUUCAAAAUUUAACGAUAUAAUGUAUACAUACAUACAGCGGUUUUUCAGGCCGAUUUUGAUUCAUAUUUUUACUGA